GCGCUUGAGCAUAAUUCUUGUUAUUGCGUGCCUCAGACUGCUCAAAAUUGUGCUAUUUCUCGAAAAUAUCGGGAAACGAGUGUUCCGCGACCUUAAAAAGUUCUUGUAAUCGAUCAAUCUAAUACUCAAGCAUAAUGCUGUACCUUGAAGAUUACUUGGAGAUGAUUGAGCAUCUGCCACAAGAGCUGAGGGACAGGUUUACUGAUAUGCGAGAAAUGGACUUGCAGGUUCAAAAUUCUGCAGACAGCUUGGAGAAACAAAUGAAAGGGUUUUUCGGCAAGGCAAAGAAAUUAAAGCAAGUGGAAAGAGACGUUGAGCACUCGGCUAUUCUUAAAGACUAUUACAAGGCUUUGGAGAUUGCAGAUGAAAAGGUUUCGCUCGCAGGCCAAAUCUACGAUUUGGUUGACCGAUACCUGCGAAGACUGGACCAAGAGCUUCAUAAGUUCAAAUUGGAGCUGGAAGCCGAUAACAAAGGGAUAACAGAAAUACUCGAGAAAAGGUCUUUGGAACUCGACCAACCGGUGCAAAGCGCUCAGAAAGAGAACCGAUAUAGUUUUGGCAUGCAAAGGAAUCCAGCUGAAAAAAGAUCGAGUAGCACUCCACAAGCGUUGCUUGAGAAAAAAGUUGCCGUGGAGCGAACCCCGAGCGGCUCUGGCUCGCAGCACGCGCACCCGCAAAUCGAGGCUAGGCCGCUGAGCAACAGCGUGAGCAUGCUGUCCUCGCAGCAACAGCAACAGCAGACGCCGCAGCAGAUCAACUUCUCCUUAAGCCACAUCGGCGCAGGAAGCUCUGCUAUCGCAGCCGCGGCGUCGCAAGCCAUUGCUGCCACUCAGCAAGUAAUGAACUCUGGGACGAAAGGGAUGCAGCAGGGCAGAAGAACAGCAAGCCUCAAGGCAAGCUACGAGGCGAUCAACACCGGAAUCAACCCCCACGAGCUCAGCAUUGGCCGAGAACUCGCUGGUGCAGCGCAAUCCGCCAUUGCAGCCGCGAUUUUGCCUGAACAGCCCAAGAAACAAAAGAGCAGGAGGACCAGCACUGCUGCAUCAUUGGUCAACGCGUCUGCAAACCCGGCUCCAAGUGCGUCAACUCUAGCUUCGUCCACAAUGCUCUCCAUGACUGUUGAGCCGUCUCCGCCCACAGCGUUGACUGAUGAGGUAUACGACACCGUUACUGAUGGCAACGCUGACAACACCGACUGGAACUACGACCCAAACGAGCCCCGGUACUGCUUCUGCAAUCAGGUGUCCUACGGAGACAUGGUUGCUUGCGACAAUGAAGAAUGUCCUUUCGAGUGGUUCCAUUAUCCAUGCGUCAACAUCACAGCGCCACCCAAAGGAAAGUGGUACUGCAAUCGGUGCACUCACCAUAUGAAACGUCGCGGAUCUCGCAAAUAGGCUUCAUUUGUUUAUUUUUUUUAUGUUGUUGUAACAACUACAGUCAGCAAACCAGGCUACGUGCUGCAAGUUGAUUCGCAGCCAGUGGCGCAUACCAUUCAUCCUCGCCCGUCCAAAAGUGCCAGGUUACAUCGACCCAGCGGCAAUGAGCGAGGGUUAGCAAAGGACGUGAAACUGCAGGAAAAGAUGCGGUGGCGAGCGUAGAGAGAAGGAUAGAGGAGGAUUCGAGCGGCUGCCGAAAUGCUGCAAUUUACCCGCCUCUCCUGGACACCAAAAUCUGUGGUGUUGCAGAAUGUAACAUAUAUUAUGUAGAUAAUCAUUACUGUGUCCCGAUGUGGUGCACAAAUUCACGCUUAUGUAUCCUUAGGUUCUGUCACUUUUUGACGACAGUCGAAAUUUGCAGUUUGUUUUGCAAGAUUAAUCAAAGCAAAUGAUGUAAAUAAAUGAUUCAGUUUAAUACUAUAAGAAAA